AUGGCCCCGCAAGCUUUGGGGUGCGGCCGGCAGGCACCGGCACAGGCCAGGGGCCCCAGAAGCGGGGGCCUGGCGCUGCACAGCGCCUCCCGGCAGGUGACGGCCCCUGGACGGAGCCUCGUGCCGCUGGGCUGUGCCGACCGGCCGGCGUCCGACACGAGCUCGCUCAGGGGUCUCAUCCCGCUUACCCGACGGGCGGAAGAGCUGUCACCCCCAGACGCCGCGGGUGGGCGGCCGCCUGGCCAGGGGCUAUCUGCGCUGGGCAUCUGGGGUCGACUUGGUGCCCGGCAGCAGGACAGAGGCCCUCCAGGGUGCCACUCCCAGCGGGGCGCUGCUGGCGCCCACGGCCAUCCGGACGCAGCAGCCAGCCUGCGCCUCCCAGGUGGGCACAGGCGUCACCGCCGCACAGCCCCGGAGCUGGGCCCACAGACCCCCACAGGCGGGACCCCGCUGACCAGCCGGGGCUGCUGUCCUGCGCGGACGCCGGCCAGGGUGUGCGCCAGCUGGGGCCUCCGGCGCCUCCCCAGGUACCUCCUGUACGACGUCAACCCGCCCGAGGGCUUCAACCUGCGCCGCGACGUGUACAUCCGCGUGGCCUCCCUGCUCAAGACGCUGCUGGCCACGGAGCCGUGGGUGCUGGUGCUGCCCCCCUGGGGGCGUCUCUACCAUUGGCACAGCUCCGACAUCCGCCAGGUCCGCCUGCCCUGGGCCGAGUUCUUCGACCUCCCCAGCCUGGCGCGCAACAUCCCGGUCCUGGAGUUCGAGCAGUUCGUGGCGGAGUCCGGCGGGCCCUUUAUCGACCAGGUGUUCGUGCUGCAGGGCUACGCCGAGGGCUGGAAGGAGGGCAGCUGGGAGGAGAAGGUGGACCCCCGGCCCUGCGUGGACCCGCCGCAGUACACGCAGGACAAGCAUGGGUACCACAGGGGAUGGUUCUGGGGCUACGGCGAGACCAGGGGGCUGAACGUGUCCUGCCUGUCCGUGCAGGGCUCCGCGUCCAUCAUGGCGCCUGUGCUCCUGAGAAACACGUCUGCCCGGUCCGUGAUGCUGGACAGAGCCGAGAAUCUGCUGCACGACCACUACGGGGGGAAGGAGUACUGGGACACCCGCCGCAGCAUGGUGCUGGCCCGGCACCUGCGGGCCGCCGGGGAUGCCUUCCGGAGCCGCCACCUCAACUCCACGGAUGAGGCGGACGGGACCCCCUUUGAGGAGGACUGGACCCGCGUGAAGGCCCAGCCGGGCUCCUCGCGGGGGGGCCCGUACCUCGGCGUCCACCUGCGGCGGAAGGACUUCGUCUGGGGCCACAGGAAGGACGUGCCCAGCCUGGCUGGUGCCGCACGCCAGAUCCGUGGCCUGAUGGACACCCAUGGGCUGGACAAAGUGUUCGUGGCCACAGACGCCGUCAAGGCCGAGCAGGAGGAGCUGCGGCGGCUGCUGCCUGGGAUGCUGCGCUUCGAGCCCAGCCGCGCCGAGCUGGCGCUGUACAAGGACGGUGGCGUGGCCAUCAUCGACCAGUGGGUGUGCGCCCACGCCAGGGUCUUCGUCGGCACCUCGGUCUCCACGUUUUCCUUCCGCAUUCACGAGGAGAGAGAGAUCCUGGGCUUGGCCCCCGAGACCACGUACAACCGGCUGUGCGGGGACGAGGAGCGCCCCUGCGAGCAGCCCACUCGCUGGAGGGUUGUGUACUGAGGCCGCGCGGCGGCCGGCGAGGGUCCUCGUGGCC